AUUAUACGUAUAUACAUAUAGAUAGAUAUUGUUCAGUUUAUUCAAUAUUUAAAGACAACAACUAAACGGUAAAAUGACUAUUCUGCUCACUUACAAUCACAACCCCAGGGAGUUGCGCUGAGGAGUUGUCUACUCGUUGGUGCUGUGUGGGGACCUCACAAUCCCCGGGCUUCCCUAGUGAAAUUGAUAGGCUGUGCCACUCUUGUGUGCUGAGUGGCAGAGAUACAAUGUUACUGCACCAUACGCUGUGCCACUCUGAGUGACGAGUGGCAGAGAUACAAUGUUACUGCACCAUACGCUGUGCCGCUCUGAGUGACGAGUGGCAGAGAUACAAUGUUACUGCGCCGUGAGCUGUGCCACUCUCGAAGGCGGGUAGCAUAUCGUUAAUAUUGUUAGUACGUUUGAGAAAAAUACUGCAAAAUAAUUCGUAUAUAAUAAUUCCCCCAUCGUAUGUAGCAGUCCCUGACUGCAGGCACGCCGUCUCAGUAUUUGAGCGCCCCUAGCCGCGGCAGACAAGUCGUAAGAAGAAUUUUCGGCGUCUUGCGCUGUCACUGUAGAGUCUCGUUUUUCCUUCUAAUGCUCAUCUUGAUUGAUGUUAGUUCAACUUACCAUUCAUUCUUCUUACCUGAAUUCUUUAAGCGGUAAAUUUCAUUUAUUACUGAAUUAUACACACUGAACUGGAAUUAGUUUAUCAGUUGUUUUAUGAUGGAGUGACAUUCGUUUCCAAGUCAUGCCAUGAUUGAGUCCUGAUGUGGGUAUCAUUGGAAUUUAAACUAACAGUAAGCGAUCUAAUGCUUUAACUCGCGUUGCAGGGCUCACAGUCUAGAACUUGGCUCUCUGGCAUCUAGGAGCAGUAAUGAGUGCUGACGAUGUGUUGUGCAUUGGGUGUAAAUUUGACUACCUUAAGACCAUAGGUAAGUUUUACGGAGAUAAUGAAGCAAGUGUUGAAUUUUUACGCUCCCACGGAGUCUUGCCUUUAGGUGUUAAGUGCAAGAAAUGCCAUCGUCCUUGUUCGUUCAGAAGUGACACGCGCUCGUGGCGCUGCAGAAGGCAGUUCCUUGACCACCUAGAUGGACGCAAGAAGUGUUGUAAUUACGAAGUGUCUGACUGCGCCGGCACUCUUCUGGAAAAGAGUAAAAUCCAGCCCUGGAAAUGCCUGCUUUUUGUUAACCAUUGGCUGAGCAGAAAUUGGGACCAUGAAUGCAUUAAUGAAUGCCUGCAAUUUUCUCGCUCAACUUCAGUGUUUUGGCGAAGUUAUUGCUCUGACGUUUUGGAGGAUUGGUUUCACAGGCAAAAUCCGAUUGGUGGCGUGGGCGUGGUUGUUGAAAUUGGCAUGACCAGCAUCCAACAAACGUGGCUAUUGGGUGGCAUUGAGAGGGCUUCUAAAAAGUCCUUCGUUGUUUCUCUUCGCAACCAAGAAGUCAACGAAGAUCUCUUGGUUCCACUAAUCAAAAAACAUGUUCUGCCAGGUUCGGUAAUUUGUACUGAAUAUAUCAUGGAGUAUGCAUCUCUGAGUAGUCAUGAAUAUGUGCUUGCAACAACGAACGCGUCUAGUAUUGACUCCAAGUGUUGCACGCUAACAGUCGAAAGCAUGUGGUGUGACGUCAAAAAAUCAUUAAUGCGAUCUGGUAUGAGGGAGAAAUACCUUGAGCAAUAUCUUGCGAAAUAUCUCUUCGUGUGUCAUCAUGAAAAUUCCAAGCAAGUUCUUCAUCAUUUUUUCACUGAAGUUGGACAAAUCUACCCUCCUAAAGCCAACCAUGCCAACGUAAACAUGUCCAUUUCGUAUUGAUGUGAGAAAAUCCUACUCUUCGCACAUGUGCUGCAACGCAGAAUUGAACGUGUCUUCUGGGUGCGAUCUAAGAAGUUCUAAUUGCCGACUCAUGUGUUGAUAGGUUUUUGCAGUGUUUGUUUAUUAAUUAUUAUUAACUAAUUGUUCUUGAUUGAGGGAUGUUCAAGUAAGUGUUGCGUAUGUGAGCAAUUUGGGGAAAUGUUUUCGUUUUGGACAAAAUCGUAUUGCUUUGUUUGUAAGAAAACCGUGUUGAAAGAAGUUGAUUUUGAUAUUAAUGGCUCAGUGUUAGUCAUUCAGAUUUUUCAUAAUGCAAAAAAAUAGAUACUCGUUUUUAAUUAUUUAUUCAGUUUGUAUGCUCGUUUUUGAGUUAAUAACAUUUCUUUAAACGUAAAAGUGCGUGUUACUUUAUUAUCUGAUGAUAUUCUCUUGUUACAUGAAUCGAUGUAUAUGAAAUAUUGGUAAACAUUGCCUUUAGCUGCUGUUGCUCUUGUGGUGAUCGUUAAGUUAAUAAACUUGUUUUGUUGA